CACAUAAUUGAGCCGUCUCGCCCCCAAAAAAAAAAAAAGCAAAUCAGAAGGGUAUUAUAGUAAUUCACUACAGGAACAGUGUUCGACUCGCUUCUACAAGUUGCUACUUAACAUCUUAUAUGAAGAAACCUCUAAAAAUUUCUCCGAUCCCAAUACCAUCCAUUCCAGUCCCAGGAGGAAAAAAUAACAACAGAAAUAAUGCCUAGAUUUGAGCAUGCGGUUUCCAUGCUGGUGUCCGUGAUUCUCAGAAAGUGCAUCAGCGUUUUCGAGGAGUUCGCCUACCUAUUCAUCGACAUCGUCGCCGUCGUGACGUCCACCAUCAGAUUUUCCAACUUCCGUGUUCGUCAACCCUCCUCCGCCACUACCUCUUCCGUUUCUUACUUCCCUUUGUCUUCCAUGGCGGUUCGUCAUGAUCGGUAGCUUUUUCAUUGUCAAGAUUCAAUUUUGUUAACUUUCCCAGGAUGUUCUGCUCAUUUAUGUACUUGGGUUAAUUUGCUUUCAGUUGUUAUUCGAUCGAAUCCAUCAUUUAAAGAAAUCUCUCUUUUUAUC